CUGUAGGAGGGGCGAAGAAAGACCGACACAUGCUCGUGGCGCCGGUAUAAGACGGCAUCGGCCCGUGAGGCCCGGCUCGUAUUUGACCGAGGAUCCUCCCACCUGGUUGCAGCAACGCCUUUUUGUGAAGCAGGGUAUAAUUACAGACAUCUGCUUUCGUUUUCUUGUCUUUCUUGUCAAUUCAUUCACGAGUCUCGCACCUCUUCCCUCUAAAGCUCAGUCAAAUCCACUCGAAAAACAUACCUCCAGUCAUGACUACCAACAAUACCUCUAGCGGCGCGCCUUCUCGAGUUUGGGCGGGCGGUCCUUCAGUCCCUUUGGUUACUGCCAUGAACGACGAUGAGAGUAUCAACUACGAAGCAUUGGCUAAACAAACCGUCCGAUUGGCUAAGGCCGGUCUUGGUAUCGUCUUGCUCGGCACCAAUGGAGAAGCUUCUCAUCUCUCUCCUGAAGAACGCAAACAGUGCACUGUUGUUGUGCGAAAGGCACUCGACGAUGCUGGCUUUGUCAACGAGCCGCUCCUUGUUGGUACCGGAGCUGGAUCUGCCCAGACAACCAUCCAGGUGACUAAAGAGGCUGCCGAGGCCGGUGCGAGCCAUUCCAUAGUCAUCACCCCUGGCUACUUCUCUUUUGCCAUGGGCCGAGACCGUAAGGCCAUCAAGGACUUCUUCCGAAAGGUCUUUGACGAGUCUCCUAUUCCCGUCAUGAUUUACAACUUCCCUGGAGCUGCUGCCGGCAUCGAUUUGACUUCUGAUGAGAUUAUCGAACUCUCCAACCACCCCAACUGCUUUGGUGUUAAGCUCACUUGCGCUAUGAUCGGUAAAGGUCACCGAAUUGCCGCCUACACUCAGUCCCCUGAAUACCUCGCCAAGCACGGCAGCUUCCUUAAGAGCUGCACUGCCACCGGCCAGUUCCAGGUCCUUCCCGGUUUCUCGGAAAGCACCCUUCCUGCCCUCGUUUCCCGACACACUGGUUGCAUCACUGGUACCGGUAACACCAUUCCCAAGACCAUCCGACGACUUUGGGACAAGUCUGUUGCCGGUCUUCAGGGCGACUCCAAGGCGCUCGCUGAAGCCAUGGAGUUGCAAGACCGAGUUGCAGAGGCUGAUUGGACUAUUGUGAAGGCCGGUAUCCAGGGAACGAAAUACUUCCUCGACCACUAUGUCGAGAAGGGUAUGGGCGGUGCUGUCCGACUACCCCUCGGUACAAUCUCUGAUGACGUUAAGAAGUUGAUUGAAGUUGAUCUCAAGGGCGCUUGGGAGUUUGAGCAGUCUUUGUAACGCAUGCAAGGAUUAAAUAUGUAACAUACCUUCUUGAGAGCUGCUGGCUUCCUUGACCAUCUCGCAUGUUGACUAAAAAUGUUUUGG